CGCACGACAGACACGACAGGUGUGACCGGUGACGUGUCUCAGCUGUCCACUUGUGAUUAAAUCACUGAAAACGCAUUUUAAAACCAAGUGUAAACAGCCUCAGUGUGUGAGCAAGAUUCAAGAUUCAAUAACUUUAUUGUCCCCAUGCAGGCUACAAGUCAAACAGCUCAAAUGCAAGAAAUUCAUGUAAAAGUGUUGAGACGAGCUUCAUCUUGCUGAAUUUAACAGCAGAGGGUAGAAAAGAGUGUUUGUGUCUGUUGGUUGUGUCUGAAAGGAGCCAGAAGGCAGAAACAUGGGAUUCAAAGCUUCUCAGCACCGUUUCAGAAAGUCAACCACAACAGGAUGUGAGAUGUUUCAUCACCGUUCAACGGGCUGAAUAUGACUGUGUCAUCUGCGAAUUUCAAGAUAUGACCGUUUUCACACUUAUUGACAGUCAUUUGUGUAUAAAAUAUAACUGUAACAGUAAAGAACUGUAAUCUGUCAGUUAUAUGAUCACCUGCUUCCUCACAGAGCUGCUUUCAACAAUAACUGUGGUUUAAGAUCCUUUUUCUGAACAUAACUGGAAUAAAAACAUCCUCCCUUCUUCUUCUUCUGUAUCAAAAUUGUCAUCACCAACAUCUCAAUAAUCAAUCUUAUGGUUCCCUUUGAAUUCUGUGUAUGUUUCUGUGAACAUUCCCAUGUGUUUGUUCUUUCUUGUGUAUUUUUAUUGAGAAUUCAUUCUUAACAACAUGUCUGCGUUCAGCCCAAAUAUAUGAAGAAUGUUUUCUGUCAACUUAUAUUCUGUUUGUCUUGUUUUUUGUAAUGUUUUAUAGCUCAUAGCUGCUACAGAAUGAAUCAAAUGAAAUGACAAGAAGACUCUCUGGUAAUAAAAGGUGACUGUUUCUGAGUAAAACCCUGAAAACAUGAAGUAUUUGUUCAUUGUGCGGUUCGGAAACCCUCCGUGAGGUUCUGCAGAGACUCGUUGUUCUCAGAGUGUUCUCAGAGGACAGAUCGGUGUUUCCCUCCGUCAGCAUCAUCAGGGGCGUCUACAGAGAGACACAGAGUCCAGUCAGUGUGGAGCUGACGGAGGAAGAGGAGGGAGAGUCCACACGGUCACUGAACGCCUUUGUGUCCGCAGACUGCUCCGGGCUCUGCGGCGGGGAGAGGCUGCAAAGCUCCCCGGACAGCAGGCGGGGAAACCCGGCUUCAAGCAGGCACCGCGCCCCGCUGCAGGAGGAGGAGAAGAGCCAGAGGAGACGGUUAUUAAACAAGAGGAGGGUCUGGUGUGUGUGUGAAGAGGAGGAAGGAAAACUUGAAGCAACAGACAGAAUACAACAGGAGGAGGAGGAGGAGAGGGGCGUUUUUGUGUCUGGAAAAGAAAGAAGUGGAUCUGCAGACGCAUAAUUAGCGCGGACAGCUGAUCGAUCUGAUCCGCAAAAGAUCCGGAACGAAUGGAGGCCAGAGAGGGUAAAGAGUCAGACACAUCCUCCGGGGAUCAGUGUUCGCACCUCGGCUCAGCAGCUGCAGCCAUGUCGCCGCAGAUCAGUGCGGAGAACUGCUUCGAGCUGCUGACAAAAGCCAAGAGCGAAGGCGCGGCGGGCGUCCGGGAGCGCGUGUACCGCUACAUGAGCGCGCACUACCUGCAGGUGCUGCGGACUCCCGGGGUGUACGGCCGGCUGACUGCCGGGGAGAGGGAGCUCAUCCUGGCCCGUAGGAUGGAGGGGACGAAGGUCCUGGCGGUGGCCGAGAGCAGCGAGGUGAAUGACCGCGCGGGAAGCCGCGAGAGCAGCCGGCCGCAGAGCCCGCUGCUGCCCGCCCCGGAGGACACCAACCAGCGGCGGGUGUUCUGCCUCCACCCGGACAGCCGGCGGUGGGAGGUGCUGACCAGCCUGCCGGAGGAGGUCCCGACUAAAGGCUUCGGCAUGUGCACCAUGUACAACUACCUGUUCGUGGCGGGGGGGAUGCGGGCGCACGGGGACGGCCGCUCCAAGGCGUCGGACCGGGUGUUCUGCUUCAACCCGCUGACCGGCGCCUGGAGUCAGAUCCGCCCGCUGACGCAGCCGCGCUGCCAGCUGCAGCUGGUGUCCAUGGACGGUCACCUGUACGCCAUCGGGGGGGAGUGUCUGUUCACGGUGGAGCGGUACGACCCGCGCGCGGACAGGUGGAGUCCGGUAGCUCCGCUGCCCAAAGGCUCCUUCGCUGUUGCGCACGAGGCGACGUCGUGCGGCGGGGAGCUGUUCGUGUCCGGCGGCUCGCUCUUCUACCGGCUGCUGCGUUACGACUCCCGCCGGGACGAGUGGGAGGAGUGUCCGUUCAACGAGAGCCGGCGGAGGUCCACGGACAUGGUGGCGCACCGCAGCCUCGUGUACCGCUUCGACGUGGACCGGGAGCGCGCGGGGGUGAGCGUGUACAAGUACAACACGGUGGUGAAGGUGUGGCACGGCGGCGCGUCCUUCCCGCUGGACAACCCGCUGCCGUUCCGCUGCGCGGUGCUCGGGGACCGGAUCUACUGCGUCAACCGGAGCCAGACGCUGCAGUUCGAGGUCCGGGAGGAGCGGGAGGGCUUCCUGCCGGAGGUCCUGCCCUCCCCCGCCGAGGCCAGAGGAGCCCUGGUGCCCUUCGUCCUCUCUCUGAACCGGGACAAGUGAUUUAUCCCGGGAUAAAACUCUCCGGUGCCUUCAACUCAUUUAAUCACUUGUUGCCGCAUGAAAAGCAGAUUUCAUGUAUUAAUCGAUAUUAUUCAGAUGAAUGUUGAACAUCUGCAGGACUCUGAAUCCAGCUGUGGAGCAGAUGUGGAUGAAUGUUACUGAAGAUGUUUAAUGCAGUUUGUAGUUUGAGUCUGUUUGGAUGUUUGAUCAAGAUCACAACUUAUUGAUCAAUAGACACCAAAUAAUAACAAUAAUCAAGUUAUCAGAAUAUAUCUGACAUAAUUCAUGUUUAUCUGGAGUCAUUUUAUUUCAGUCUGGAGACAAAGAUCAUAAAACAACAGCAAAACAAAAACAUCAU